AUGGUUAAAGAACAUGGGCGGACUGCUGGCGAGUAUAUAUUGGGCCAAAGUGCGGGAUUCCUGAAGUUUGUUGUCCUUGGCUUCUGCGUCGCCUAUGGUCUCAUUGGAAUCUGCUUUUCUGGGUUUGGCAUUUUCCUCAUUGUGGAACUGCAAAAGAUACCCGAUCUUGGUGAUGCGGCAAAAUGGUUACCUGCAAUCUUUCUGGCCGUCGGAAUUUUCCUCGGAGUUGUUGCUACUUUUGGCUUUGCGGGUGCAGUUACGAGAAAUAAAUGCCUUCUUAUCAUUUUUGCAACAGUGACAAUCUUCUUAUUAGUGCUAGCAUUCAUUUUCGGUAUAGCAGUUUUGGUUGUUGCUCCGCAGUUGUCUACUGCUAUAUUGCAUCUGCUGGAUAAAGCUUUCAAUAAAAAUCCCGCAGCUUCAAACACUUGGUUGGGUCCAAUUGAAACUGCGGCUAAAUGCUGCGGAGUAAAUGGCCCGGACGACUACACGACUAUCGGUAUUCCGAAAACCUGCUGCGAACCUGGAGCCAUCGCAUGUACAUCCUUGAAUGCGUACCCAGAGGGUUGUGGCGUGAAGUGGACGAAUACACUGCAGGAGUACUCAAAAGCAAUCGGAGGAUGUUGUCUGGCCCUUACAAUCCUUCAAGCUCUCGCUGUUAUUGGGGCAUAUAUGUUGAUGUCGAAAUCAGCCUCAUGA